AGAUUGACAGUGGCUGUUUGGUGUUUCUAUUUUGCAGAAGUCGAAUUUUCCAAUGGAAAGGCUGGUAUUUUUGAUGAGCUAUUAUUUGCUGUUGUCCAGUGCACAGCAAGCACCAUCAUUUCUUAUUACUGCCCCAAAUGUGGUACAUUUGGGUACACAUGAGACAAUAACAGCUCAAGUCCAUGGAGCACAACAUCCUGUGCAAGUUACUGCAUACUUCAAAGAUGAGACAAAAGAUCAGCUCCUUUCAGAGAGGGUAAUCUUUAACCUUAACCAAAAUAACAACUACCAAGACAUGAAAAAAUUAAUGGUCAAGCCAGGAACUCAACAACAGGAUCUGUUCAAGAGGCGUCAUCAGCCAUAUGUUCUGCUAGUCACUGAAAGCAGAGACCUGUAUAAGCAGAAUGUUCAAAGCACUCGCAUCCUCCUGUCUUCCAAGAAAGGCUACAUUUUUAUUCAGACAGAUAAGCCUAUAUACACACCAAAUUCCAAAGUAAAAUACAGGAUCUUCAUUCUGGACAAUGCUAUGAGGCCAGCAGAUGACACAGUUACAGUCGCUGUGCUAAAUUCAAAAGGAAUGGUGGUUAAAAAGUCAGACCGGAAAAUAAAAACAGUGUUCACUGAAAACUUUGAAAUACCUGAUGUUGCUGAACCUGGAACUUGGAAAAUCAAGGCCUGGUUUCAUGAAUACGAUAUGUCUAAUGUUUCUGCUGAAUUUGAAGUUAAAAUUUAUGAACUUCCAUCUUUUGAAGUCAAACUCAUCCCACUUCAGCCAUACUACUACAUCUGGAAUGACAGCUUUGUGUUUGAAAUCGAGGCGAAACACACUUAUGGGAAAGGUAUUCAAGGUGUUGCAUAUGUGCGGUUUGGCAUAAUGGAUGAAAAUGAGAGAAAAGUCUUUCUUCCAGGCCUGGAGCAACAGCUGUCAAUUCAAAAUGGAAAAGGAAGAGUUACUUUAAAUACUCCACUUUUGGAAGAGAAAUUAGAGAAGAGUAUUUCUACUCUGGAAGGACUUCAUUUAUAUGUUGCUGUUACCACUGUAGAAACUGCAAGUGGUGAGAUGAGGGAAGAGGAACUCAGCAAUGUAAAGUUUGUGAAAUCUCCUUAUGUUGUUGAUCUGUCUAACACCAAAAAGUAUUUUGUGCCUGGAGCCCCCUUCUCUGUUGUGGCAUCUGUCACUUCGGUUGAUGGCUCUCCUGCUGCCUCUCUACCUGUCACUGCUACUGUUACCUUGCCUGGACAUGCCCCAAUGAAGAAGACUGCACUUUCCAACAAAGAGGGUCUAAUCCCCUUUAAAUUUAACAUCCCUGGAGAUGCUCAGAUGCUUGAAAUAAUGGUAAAGGCUGAAGAGGGAAAAGAAAAAUUAGAAUCACCAGAAACCAGUAUCAGAGCUGAAAGAUACCAGUCUGUUUCUCUGAACUACCUCAGCAUCAGCAUCCCACAUACUGUUAUGACACCUGGAGAUACUUUACAUAUCACCUUGAAUGAUAUUCGUCAGCCUGGCAGUGGAAGCCUUGACUAUUUCUAUUAUAUGGUUGUGACAAAAGGACAAGUUGAGCUUUUGGGAAGGGUCCCCUCUUCAAACAAAAUAAUAAACCUUAAAAUCACCAAGAAGAUGGUGCCCGCCUUUCGCUUUUUAGCUUACUACUUCAUUGCAAAUGAGGGCCGUCAAGAGAUUGUUGCGGAUUCUGUAUGGGUGGAUGUUAUGGAUGUUUGUGAAGGAAAGAUUAAAGUGCGAACAGAACGAGAGAUGUAUGAACCAACAGAAAAAGUCAAUUUGAAGAUCGAAACAGACCAUGCAGGAGUAAUUGCCCUAGCUGUGGUUGAUAAAGCAGUUUUUAUUAUGAACAAGAAAAAUAAGCUUACAGCUAAAAAAGUAUUCAAUGCUAUGAAUUCAUAUGAUCUUGGAUGCUCUGCAGGUGGUGGUGCAGAUAGUGCUCAAGUUUUUACUGAUGUUGGUCUGGCUUUUUUAUCGGAUACAAUUCAAUCCAAAAUUCGGGAAGGUUAUAAAUGCCUCCAGGUUACCAAAAGGCAGAAGAGAUCUUUGGAUUUUCAGAAGAAACUGUCAGGACUUGCCAGAAAAUAUCAAAACAUUGAUCUACAAAAAUGCUGUCAAGAUGGAAUGAAAUUAAAUCCCAUGCGGUUUUCUUGUGUGAAAAGGCUAAGAAAAGUGUCUGGCUCCCCCGAAUGCAGAAGAGCCUUCCAGGACUGCUGUGAGAAAGCCACAGCCCUCAGAAAGAAGGAAAAGUGGACUAGGACCAGAAUGGGCUUGGCACGACACUAUGAUGACCAAGAAGAAGAGUUUUAUGAAACCUCUCCCAACUUGCGCAGUUAUUUUCCUGAGAGCUGGUGGUGGAAUAUUGAAGAAGUGAAAAACCCUGGAAAUCAUAGCAUAGAAAAUUUUGCUCCUGAUUCUAUAACUUCCUGGGAAGUUCAGGCAAUAAGCAUAUCUCCACAAAAAGGAUUUUGUAUAGCUGAACCCCACACCUUUGCAGUUUUCAAAGCCUUUUUUGUAUCCCUGAGAUUGCCAUACUCAGUCAGACGACAUGAACAGCUAGAAAUAAAAGCAGUGAUUUACAACUACCUGCCCAAUGAUGUCCAGGUUGUAGUGACAAUGGAAGCAGCAAAGGGGUUGUGCACCACAGAGGCUAUGGACAAGGCUGUGCAGCAGAUUCUGGUGGCUAAAGGGAACUCUGCAACACCAGCCUACUUUUCGGUUGUCCCUCUGACUGUGGGAGAAAUCCCAAUUACUAUUGUUACUUUUGAGACAUCUUCUGGACACAGUGAUAGCAUUAGGAAAAACCUCAAAGUUGUGGCUGAAGGUGUUCUACAGAGAGAAGAAAAGACCAUUUGCAUUAACAGUGACUUAAAGUUCCAUACACUGGAUCUGAACAGACCAUCUGAUAUGGUACCAGAUUCUGAUAGUCACGUGUUUGUUAGCCUGAAAGGAAAUAUUAUGGACGAGUCUGUUGGAAAUUGUCUUAGUCUCAAUGGAGUUGAGAAACUUAUUCAAGUGCCCACAGGCUGUGCAGAGCAAACAAUGGUGAAAAUGGCCCCUGCAGUCUACGCUAUUGAGUACUUGAAGGCUAGUGAGCAGUGGGUGAACUUUAAUCCUGAACAGAAGGAGGAAGCCAUUAGCAUGAUCGAAAAAGGUUAUACUAGAAUUCUUGAGUUUCAGAAGGCAGAUGGAUCCUAUGGAGCAUUUAAAACAACUCCCAGUAGUGUAUGGUUAACUGCAUUCAUUGUUAAAGUACUCACAAGGAGCAGAGAAUACACUAGUGUCCAAGACAGUCACAUACACAAUUCAAUUUCCUAUUUGGUCAAUCAACAACAGCCAGAAAAUUCAUUCCAUGACCGUCACCCAGUACUGGACAGGACUAUGCAGGGUGGCAUUGGGUCAGCAGAAGAGGAUUUGGCUUUGACAGCCUUUGUAACUAUAGCACUGCAACAGACUUUACAGGUCUUCGAGUCACCUGAUGUGGUACAAGUGAUUAGAGGAGCAGUGGCUUACAUGAAAAAUCAGCUUCCAAGAAAUACUAACUGCUAUUCUACAGCCAUCACUGCUUAUGCUCUGACACUUGUGCAGUCUGGUAGUGAAGAAGCCCAGUCCGCAAAAGAAAAAUUAAGGGGCUGUUCUGUUUUUGAUGCAGCAACGCAGCAACGCUACUGGGGAAAUGGCAAUGAUGCAGUCUCAGUGGAAACUACUGCCUAUGCAUUGCUUCAAACAUUGCUCCUGAAAGACAUGGAGUACGCAAAGCCUAUCGCUACGUGGCUUACAGAAAGAAGGAACUACGGUGGAGGAUACUGCUCUACACAGGACACAGUGGUGGCCCUAGAAGCUCUGUCAGCAUACAGCAUACAGACAUUGAACACUAGUCCCACCAACCUGACUGUAAAACUGGGAACACCUGGAAGACAAAGAGACUAUAGUAUUACUCUAACUGAUACUGAUGAAGCAAUUCAGAAGGAGCUAGAGUUUGAACUUGGGAGAAAACUUGAAGUGUCUGUACAUGGCAGAGGAAAUGGAACAAUGAGUAUAUUAAAAAUUUAUUGGUCAUCUGAGCUGAAGAACAACACAUGUAAUGAUUUGAUUUUGACAGUGGAAAUGGAAGGGAACAUUAAGUACUCUGAAAAUGCAUACUACGAUGAAAACAAUGAUUAUGAGGACUCAUUUGAUGCAGAAAACAGAGCGUUUGAGCCACAGUCCGAAAUAGAGUGGUUUGAUAUCCACAGCAGAAGGAAAAGGGAUGUGAUCUUUCCUGGUAAAUCAGAACUGCUGCAGUACAAAGUCUGUGUCAGGUCCACAGGUUCCAAUCCACCAAAGAUGUCCCUGGUAGAACUCUCUCUACUGAGUGGCUUGGAGCCUGACGCAAAGGAUCUCGAUCAGUUGGUGAUGUCUUCAGACCAGUACAUUCAGCACUAUGAGUACAAGGAAGGAAAGGUUUUGCUAUAUUUUGGUGAGAUUACAAGCGGAACAGACCCAGACUGUAUAUCAUUUGGGGCAAAGCAAAUCAAUCCCAUGGGCUUGGUUCAGCCAGCAAAUGCCAUCCUUUAUGAUUUUUACAACCCAGACAGAAAGUGCAGUGUGUUCUACAGUGCUCCUAAGAACAGUGCCAUGCUUUCAAAGGUGUGCCAUGGCAAUGUUUGCCAGUGUGCAGAAGGUCCCUGCCCAAGACAAAAAUCAACUUUCAGUAAAUCUGUAACACAUAUGUCACGUUCUAGUUUUGUCUGCUACUAUCCUAUUGCAGAUUAUGUGUACGAGGUGGAACUCCUCAAUAGUACUCAGAAGAAUGUUUUUAAUUACUAUGAGGCCAAAAUACACCAAAUCCUUAAAGCCACUAGCGAUGAAAGCAUCCAAAUGGGUGUCCACCGACAGUUCCUAACACGCUCUGCAUGCAACUUAAACGUGGUCACUGGCAAACGGUACCUCAUCAUGGGGAGAGAUGGGCAAACGGUUGAUUUCAACAACAAGAUGCAGUACCUCCUUGAUUCACAAACCUGGGUAGAGAAAAUUCCAGAAGACAGCGAGUGCCGCACCACCCUGCACCGACAAGCCUGUGCUGACCUGCAUGACUUCAUGGACACAUCUGAAAACCUGUGCUCUUUCUGAACCAUUGCUCUGCUUCCCACGUCCUGUCUGUGUGACUGCGACGUGGCUCCUUCCAGAAUUUUUCUUGCUGAUUCUGUUUUGCUGAUUGGGCUAUUUCUUGGAGACAUAGGUGGGGGGAGGAAAGUGAAAUAAAAAAAGAUUGCAGUUA